AUGGCCGCCGCGGCCGCCAUGUGCUGCCGCCUCCCAGGGCCAUGUCUGGGGAGGGACCUGCCGCCGCCGCCGCCGCUGCCGCUGCCGCGAGGCCGAGGCCGAAGCUGGGGCCGGGGCGGGGCGGGCGGCGCUGACGCGGAAGAGGCGGCGCCGGCGGGACGCGGCCCGGGGCUCCGGAGGCGGCGGCUGGGGCCGGGGCCGGACCGGGACGGGCCCGGGGAGGUGCCUCGGCCGGAGCGGGCCGCGCCCAGAGGCCGCAGGCCGCCCGCCUCAGGCCUGCUGCCGCCCCGCCCCGGCCCGGCCUCGGCGAGGCCUGAGAGGCCGCCGCCCGGCAGGAGUCGGGCGAAGGGAGGCGGAGAAGAGGGUCCUGGGGAGAGCUCGCGACGCUCGUGGGGAAGCGGCGACAAGAUGGCAGCUCCGAGGGGGAGACGGAGGCCCGGACGCUGCCUUUCUGACACGGCGGUCUGGCUCUCACUCGCCCAGGGCCUGCCGCCCCCGCAGACCCCGCGUCCCCAGGAGCGGAUCCGGGCGGUCCCCGAGGCCGCCUCGGCCAGAGCGGGCUGGAGCGCGGGAGCGCGAUGUGGACGUGCCUGCGAGGGAGCGGGACUCCGCAGAAGUCCUGACCUAAAGAUGACCCUCGUCAUGGAGAAGUACUGCUGAGAUCAAAGCAGUGCCACAGUGAACUGUACCUCUGAGAGAAAGCCUGUCUUUUCAGCCAGAGAAACCAGGAAGAAGUGACCCUGUGGUCUGAAGAAUGUGGAUGGACUCCAUCUUGAUUUUCCCUGUUUCAUGCCUGAGGACAGUUCCUUUUGGCAAAAUCAGGGGAUAGUGUGGGCAGGUAAUAAUCAGAGAGAAACCUCAUCUUUCUAAGCCAGAGCACUAGGAAAAGGGGACUUCUGGGAGCCAGGGAGUCUUGGGGAAAAUCCUGGAGAGGAGAGACCUGGCACGGAAUUCUCUAUUCUGUGCAUGAACUGACACAGGUCCCUGCUCAGCCCGGAGCUGCACAUACAAAGGCAGAGCCCACGGAGCACAGGGCAGCACCUUGAACUGACACGGGGAUCACCAAGAGAAGGCAAGGCAGGAUUUGCGGUCUGUAGAUAACCAGGUUGAUUGCCUGAUAAAACAAAAAAUGAAACAUUCUUCAGAGCAUUUCAGCAGAAUACAGUCUCCCAACAUAAAACAGUCCUCACUUUGCACAACAGAUCGGAAUUGUAACAAAUGACCGUCCAAGCUGACAGUGUGUCAUUAACACUGACAUUGUGCUCUUAAUAAUCAAUGGGUAAAAUUUCAAUAUUUUGUGGCUUUUGAAAAUUUCUUUCAAAACAUUAAA